AAAUUUCUAAGAAGGAAGUACAUAAUCGUCGAUAAAGUUUAUAUAAAUCAACUUGUUUUCGGAAAUUAAUGGUUAUUUACGACAAAAUGAACGCGUUUGUAAGUGUGCUGGCUGUGUGCUCUAUUGGAUUGGCCUCUGGAUAUAACCUGGGGCCCACUGAUGUAGUGUUCCACUUAUUCAGUCAGAGCAACCCAAGCGUAAGCCAGCCACUUCUGCCAUCUGUGAGUUCAAUCAGUGCAUCUUCAUUUUCCAACUCACGCCGUACUGUCUUCACCAUACACAACUUUGGAGAAAGUGUUGCUGAUAACUUCAAUGCCUUCGUUAUCCCAGCUCAUCUAUCCGUCGAUGACGUGAACCUGAUAGCUGUCGACUGGAGUGUUGGCGGAUCUGCCUAUGUCGAGGGCCUCGCUAAUGCCCCCCAAGUUGGCGAGAGGAUUGCUUCCUUCAUCAAUCUCCUGCUGACUAACUUUAAUAGCAAUGAGGAUUCCAUGAGGAUAGUUGGUGUGGGCUUGGGCGCUCAUAUUGCUGGUAUCGCAGCCAAGAAUUCAGUGAGACCCUUGCCUCACAUUGUUGCCCUGGACCCUUCUCUGUUCGGCUGGACUCACCACCCCGACCUCCUCAAUGCUGACGUCGCGGGCGUGGUAGAAGUACUCCACACCACCAGUGGCAUCAUGGGCUACGAUUAUCCCCUGGGUGACGUCGACUUCUACCCGAACGGAGGCUCCUACCAGAAUGGCUGCUUCGUCGACGUCUCCUGCUCUCACAUUUACGCCUACGCCUUCUAUUCCGAGUCUAUAACCAGGGAGGUCAAUGGAGGAAACGAGUUCAUUGGAACUGCUUGUGAAGAUUACCAGUCUGCUAUCACCCUUACCUGCGAAGGUGAACGGGACAUAUCUUUCGGCGGGAGUGAACCAAAAUCAGACGUAUCCGGAAUCUACACGUUCCUGACCAACCCGACUGUUCCAUUUGCCCUCGUCUGCGCUGGCAGUGCAAUCCCCACGGUUCCCGGGGACAAUAGCCACUAUGUCGAGGGAGAAAGCCGCUACAUUUGGAUGCCUGAUGGUGAUGGCCUCCCACACUUAGUGGACCUCGAGGCGACGGAUCCUGCAGCCGUUGCCGACUCCAGAAAUGGCGCUGACAACGCUUACUGGCUGUUCACUAGGAAUAACCCCAACAAUGCCCAAGUGCUCGUUCACGGAAAUGCCAAUACCAUCUGGAACUCUAACUACGUGGCCAGCAGACCGUUGAAGGUCAUCGUGCACGGCUGGAACAGCAACGGAAACUCUGAAAUCAACCCUAUGAUCAGGGAAGCCUUCCUUGCCGUCCAAGACGCCAACGUUAUUGUCGUGGACUGGUCACGGCACGCCAAUGGUCUUUAUAGUACUGGCGUCAAUGCAGUUCCCAGCGUUGGCCAGUUCCUUGGCGAUUUUAUAACUUGGCUGAUCAACACUGCUGGUGGCAACUGGAAUAAUGUACACUUCGUUGGGUUCAGUCUGGGUGCCCACAUUGUUGGUAACGCCGGCCGAAGGACCGGUGGUAGGCCUGCUCGUGUCACAGGUUUGGACCCAGCUGGCCCUCAGUGGAGUGGAAAUGCUAACGCUCUGAACAACCAAGCGGGACAGUACGUAGAAGCCAUUCACACUGACGGCGGUCUGCUCGGCAUCUUCAACCGAGUCGCCGACAGUGAUUUCUACCCCAAUGGUGGGCGAAACCCCCAACCUGGGUGUUGGAUCAGCACGUGCUCCCACAGUCGUGCUUACCAACUCUUUGCUGCCACGAUUCGCUUCAACCACCUGGCCGGACGUCUGUGCAGUAAUCUACAACAAGCAGAAAAUGUGCAGUGUUCUGGCAGCACUCUCAACAUGGGCAACGGAAUUGUGACAAAACGAGGAAACGGCAUCUUCGGUUUGGCAACUGGAAACAACUGGCCUUACUAAAAUAAAAUAAAAAAUAAUUUAGGAAAUAAAUGUUUUAUUUGUAUAAAAACCUCUUGCUAACUUUUGGUAACCCUAAACCUUGCUGGUUUUUGGCAAAUAAAUUUUCAAUCAGAUAACUCAG